AUGUUAUUUUGUCCAUUAUGCGCAAAUAUGCUAUUAAUUGAUCCAGAUUUACAAGACACUAGAUAUUUUUGUCAAACAUGUCCAUAUAUUUUUCAUAUAAAGAAUAAAGUUGUAACUAAAGUACCAUUACAAAGAAAAAUUAUAGAUUCGGAUGUAUUUGGUGGUGAAGAAGCAUGGAAAUCAGCUGAUGUAGUUGAAGUUGAAUGUCAAGUUUGUCGUUAUAGAAGAGCAUCUUUAAUUGAAAUUCAAGUUGAUCCUAUUGGUCAACCAAAAACAUCAUAUUAUAGAUGUAAAAAUCCAGGUUGUGAAAAUCAAUGGCAAAAGAAAAAUAUAUAA